AACGUUCUGUAUCUUUUUGUGACUUAAUUUUUCGACAGUUAAUCUCGCGUGAUUUCGGUGCGCCGUUUAACACGGCGCAGUAGAAGAUUGUUGUCCGCCAUAACUGCAAGAGAAGCUAGGCAAAAUUUGAGAGAAGUGUGACAACAACAGCGCAGAGAGACGGACCCAAACCCAAGGGGAAGGUCGAGGGAGAUCUUUACCACUUUGCAUUUUAAGUCCUCCCUGUUGCAGCCUAAAAUAAUAUUUCAUGUUAACUUAGACGACGGACGUACUAACUAAUCAUGUCCAACCUCAAAGGCGGCGUCAAGAAAGACACCAAGAUGAGGAUAAGAGCCUUUCCUGUAAGUAACGUUAUUGGCCGGGUACGCUGAGACGCGACUACCGGGGUUGUCACUUGCUAGCUGUUUGAUGCUAUAGAUAGGCCAGACUAACUGAGCAAAUGCGUUUCACUGUCAGCUAACAACUAGCUAAACGUACUAUUUCGUUGAUUAAUAAUCGCCAGUUGGCUUGCUAGCUAGCCUGAUAAGCAUUGAGUCGAUCGAGUUAUGUUAGCUAUUUGUGCAAACUGGAAAAUAUCCACUAACUAGCUACUAGUUUACGUUAACGUGCAGUGAUGCUGACAAACCUGUCAGCCAGCUAGCUAACUUAACUAGUUCUCCGAUUAACGUAGCUAACUGGCUACCUACAUGGCUAGCUGGCUAACUAACCUACAGUAUGUCAACUAUUUAACGGUACCUAGCAAACAAGUUGCCAGGUUAACCAUACAUAACUUGGAUACAUAGCUAGCUAGCUAGCCUACCAAGUUCGCCAGUCUUAGUAACUAGCUAACUCGAGAAAUGUCACUUAAAAUGUAGCUAGCGAAGGUUGUUUUGAUUAUCAUUCAGCCUGAGCUAACGUUAGUUGUUAAGCUAGUUAGCCAGUUUGCGAUGAUAGAUAUGGUGCAUUCAUGACCAUUUGGAAACUCGGAACUCCGAGUUAAAGUUAACGUACUAUCCAAGAGUGAAACUCGGGCCUCAUCUUUCUACAACGUUUUUAUAAGUCGAACAUUUCCGAGUUGCCUUGAACAUAGCCAGAUUAUCUAUUAUAUUGACAGUGGACCCACCAAUAUAAAGUAGCUUUUUCCAAAUUUGCUGAAAUCCCACGUGCGUCCACAUAUCAGUGCAUUCGUAGCAACCUAACCAUUACAAGACAUUUGACACUCGCAUUGACCUCCAUACAAAUAUUCCUCACUGUGGUCUUGUUUUGGGCGGAGUAAGUCUUCUCCUCUUCCUCACACAAUAAGGAAUUCCCUCGACCACGCCCACAAAUUGGGGAAACCGCAUUCUUUCCCAUUGACCCCCAGUGUAAAAGAGCCAACUGAGUUGUAGUUUAAAAAUAAAUAAAAAAUAACAAAACAUGCAGAAAAGCUUCUGUGUUGUUCAAUGCACAUAUAACCGGGUCAAAAAUCAAGACCUAUGGUUCGCAAUGCUCCCACAUAGCCUGCGAGAAGAGUCCUUUGGCUUCAAGCUUUCGAAAUGGGAAAUGACGUAAAUCGGUGUAGAAGUAGGCUACACGUAGCUGUGUGUGUGGGAAAGCAUUUUAAAUCACAGAUGACAAUGGAUGAGAAGUAUGUCAACAACAUCUGGGACCUUCUGAAGAAUGCCAUCCAGGAGAUCCAGAGGAAGAACAACAGCGGGCUGAGCUUCGAGGAGCUCUACAGGAACGCCUACACAAUGGUGCUGCACAAACACGGCGAGAAACUCUACACAGGCCUGCGUGAGGUCGUCACCGAGCACCUCGUCAACAAAGUACGAGAAGAUGUCCUCAACUCAUUAAACAAUAACUUCCUGCAGACAUUAAAUCAAGCUUGGAAUGAUCACCAGACGGCAAUGGUCAUGAUCCGAGACAUCCUCAUGUACAUGGACCGUGUGUACGUGCAACAGAACAACGUGGAGAAUGUGUACAACCUGGGCCUGAUCAUCUUCAGAGACCAGGUGGUGCGCUACGGCUGCAUCCGAGACCACCUCCGCCAGACCCUGCUGGACAUGAUCGCACGCGAGAGGAAGGGAGAGGUGGUGGAUAGGGGAGCGAUCAGGAACGCCUGUCAGAUGCUGAUGAUUCUCGGCCUGGAGGGCAGGACUGUCUACGAGGAAGACUUUGAGGCCCCCUUCUUAGAAAUGUCUGCAGAAUUCUUCCAGAUGGAGAGCCAGAAGUUCCUAGCGGAGAACAGUGCCAGUGUGUACAUCAAGAAGGUGGAGGCCAGGAUCAACGAGGAGAUAGAGCGGGUGCUGCACUGCCUGGAUAAAUCCACAGAAGAGCCCAUCGUCAAGGUGGUGGAGCGGGAGCUCAUCUCCAAACACAUGAAGACCAUCGUGGAGAUGGAGAACUCUGGCCUGGUCCACAUGCUCAAGAAUGGCAAGACCGAAGACCUGGGCUGCAUGUACAAGCUGUUUAGCCGUGUGCCUAACGGCCUGAAGACUAUGUGUGAGUGUAUGAGCUCCUACCUGAGGGAGCAGGGCAAGGCUCUGGUGUCGGAGGAGGGAGAGGGCAAGAACCCUGUCGACUACAUCCAGGGCCUGUUGGACCUGAAGACGCGGUUCGACCGCUUCCUCCUGGAGUCGUUCAACAACGACCGGCUCUUCAAGCAGACCAUCGCCGGAGACUUUGAGUACUUCCUCAACCUAAACUCCCGCUCCCCCGAAUACCUCUCCCUCUUCAUCGACGACAAGCUCAAGAAGGGAGUCAAAGGGCUGACAGAGCAGGAGGUGGAGUCCAUCCUGGACAAGGCCAUGGUGCUUUUCCGGUUCAUGCAGGAGAAGGAUGUGUUUGAGAGGUACUACAAACAGCACCUGGCCCGGAGGCUGCUCACCAACAAGAGUGUCUCCGAUGACUCUGAGAAGAACAUGAUCUCUAAGCUGAAGACUGAGUGUGGCUGUCAGUUCACCUCUAAACUGGAAGGGAUGUUCAGAGAUAUGAGCAUCUCCAACACCACCAUGGACGAGUUCAGACAACACCUACAGUCCACGGGGGUGUCUCUAGGGGGCGUCGACCUCACAGUAAGAGUACUCACCACUGGCUAUUGGCCCACGCAGUCGGCCACGCCCAAGUGCACCAUCCCCCCCUCCCCCAGACAUGCCUUUGAGGUCUUUAGAAGGUUCUACUUGGCCAAACACAGCGGCAGACAGUUGACACUCCAGCACCACAUGGGCUCAGCAGACCUCAAUGCCACCUUUCACGGUCUCAUCAAGAAGGAGGAUGGUUCGGAGGUAGGAGUGGGAGGAGCUCAGGUGACAGGCUCGAACACCAGGAAACACAUACUGCAGGUCUCAACUUUCCAGAUGACCAUCCUCAUGCUCUUCAACAACAGAGAAAAGUCCACCUUUGAGGAGAUCCAGCAGGAGACGGACAUCCCGGAGAGGGAGCUGGUGCGAGCGCUGCAGUCGCUGGCCUGUGGGAAGCCAACCCAGCGCGUCCUCACCAAGGAGCCCAAGUCCAAGGAGAUCGAGAACGGCCACGUGUUUACAGUCAACGAUCAGUUUACCUCCAAGCUGCACAGAGUCAAAAUACAGACAGUCGCUGCUAAGCAGGGGGAGUCUGACCCUGAGAGAAAAGAGACGCGGCAGAAGGUAGAUGACGACAGGAAGCACGAAAUUGAAGCAGCCAUCGUCCGCAUCAUGAAGUCCAGGAAGAAGAUGCAGCAUAACGUCCUGGUAGCAGAGGUAACCCAGCAGCUGCGGGCCCGGUUCCUCCCCAGCCCCGUGGUCAUUAAGAAGCGCAUUGAAGGACUUAUAGAGAGAGAAUACUUGGCACGGACGCCCGAGGACCGCAAAGUCUACACCUACGUUGCAUAAGUGGAGGAGAGGAGCAUUGUGGAUGAGGAGAGAUGGAGGGGUGUUUUUUUGGACUGUUGUUCGCAUGGACUGGGAAGUUCCUUUUAAAAGAAAUGCUGGGAAGCUGACUCCUCCCUUUACUAAAAAUGUAAAGUAAAUGGCAAAAAAAGUACAAACAAAAUCCAUGAAGCCUUGUAGAUUUUAAAAAUCAGGCCCACUACUCUUCUUACUCCCUGUGAGAACUUCAACAUGUAUGGAUUCCAGCUUCAGGCUUUUCACUGUUUUACCCUUGUAGAGAUCAACCUUAAAGAAUCCCUUGGGAAAGAUGUGAAUGCACCACAUUAUUUUUGUUUUCAAUACUGUAUAAAAAUGAAAUAUUAAACAAAACGGCAAAUGUGGAUUGCUACAAAAAUAAAUAAAAAAAUAUUCAAUA